AUGUUUCUUAGAGACGCGUUUAGAGGGUCUCACCUUGAUGGUCAGCAUGAUGUGCGUGUGGCUCUUCAGCACCUCCACCGCACUGCUGUGACUUAUGUCCUCGAAGCUCACGCCGUUGGCCGCCAGGAUCUGAUCCCCCAUCUUGAUUCCGUUUUGCUCGGCCAGGCCGCCCGGAUCCAGCCUGAGACGAGAAAGAGCCACUCGGGAGUUGAUCUACGACUUGCCAGAGCCAGAAAGGCGCUGCCCGAGCUGGCCUCUGAGGGCGUGCGUCCACUCUCCUCCACCACCAUACGCCUGUGUAUCAGGUCCACCCUGAGGGGUGGACAGGACCGGAUCCCGGGGACUUUUCCGACCCUCCUGACCACCAUCCUCAGCCUGUUGUUGCCCGUCAAGACCUUCACAGCGCUGCUCAUCGUGAUGCUCUCCAGGCUGACGCCGUUCACCUCCACCAACUCAGAGCGCGUUUCAUCCUCACCAUCGACAGGAGAGUUGAUGAGGAUGACCCGGCCCAUGGGUGAGGAGGACCGGAUCCCACGCCGCCGCUGCUCCUUCUUGCGCAGGAGGUUGCGCGCGGCGGCGUGCGGCCCCUGGCCCCCGGGGGCCUUCUCCCUGCGGGGCCCGUCUGAGGAGUGA